GCAGGAGAUGCUGGGACCCGGAGCUGCCCUCACUCAAGAUGGCGACAAGGCAGCGUGCCCUUUCCGGUCAUGUGACUCGCCCGUCUCCCCGGGGCGCCUGCCCGCGCAUGCGUGCUGGGCCGGGGCAGAGCGGAGGGGAGGUGCGGCCGCCAGCGCUGCGGCGGGGACCCGUUAGAGCGGAAGCGCCGCCGCCGCCGCUUUGGCCGACCCGGGUCGUCUGCUUCCCGGCCGGUGGGAGGCGGGAGCCAUGUCGAAGCGGCUCCGGAGCAGCGAGGUGUGCGCCGAUUGCAGCGGGCCGGCUGAACUCUCUGUGCUGUGCGUGGCCCACAGGCGUCCACGAUCCUUCCUGGGCGUCGGUGAACAGGGGCACGUUCAUCUGCGAUGAGUGCUGCGGGGUCCACCGGAGCCUGGGGCGCCACAUCUCGCAGGUGCGGCACCUCAGACACACGCCGUGGCCGCCGACCCUGCUGCAGAUGGUGGAAACGUUGUACAACAACGGCGCUAACUCGAUCUGGGAGCACUCGCUGCUGGACCCCGCGUCGCUCAUGAGCGGGAGGCGGAAAGCCAACCCACAGGAUAAAGUGCACCCCAACAAGGCAGAGUUCAUCCGAGCCAAGUACCAGAUGCUGGCCUUCGUGCACCGCUUGCCCUGCCGGGAUGACGACACCGUGACGGCCAGAGACCUCAGUAAGCAGCUGCACUCGAGCGUGCGGACAGGCAACCUGGAGACCUGCUUGCGGCUGCUGUCCCUGGGCGCCCAGGCCAACUUCUUCCACCCGGAGAAGGGCAACACGCCGCUGCACGUCGCCUCCAGAGCCGGCCAGACCUUGCAGGCGGAGCUGCUGGCUGUGUACGGGGCCGACCCGGCCACGCAGGACGCCCGCGGGGAGACGCCUGUGGACUGUGCGAGGCAAGGAGGGCACCACGGGCUGGCAGAGCGCCUGGUGGAAAUCCAGUACGAGCUGACGGACAGACUCGCCUUCUACCUGUGCGGCAGGAAGCCAGAUCACAAGAACGGACAGCACUUUCUAAUACCUCAGAUGGCAGACAGCAGCCUGGAUUUGUCUGAAUUGGCAAAAGCCGCUAAGAAGAAACUCCAGUCUCUAAGUAAUCAUUUGUUUGAAGAACUUGCCAUGGACGUGUACGAUGAAGUUGACAGGCGAGAGACGGAUGCAGUCUGGCUUGCCACGCAAAACCACAGCACCCUGGUAACCGAGACCACCGUCGUCCCCUUCCUCCCGGUCAAUCCCGAAUACUCGUCGACGAGGAACCAGGGCAGGCAGAAACUAGCUCGGUUUAAUGCCCAUGAGUUUGCCACUCUGGUCAUUGAUAUUCUCAGUGAUGCCAGGAGGAGACAGCAAGGCAGUCCUCUCUCUGGCUCCAAAGACAAUGUGGAGCUCAUUCUGAAAGCAGUCAGUAGCCAGCACAGUGUGGAGAGUCAGGACAACGACCAGCCGGACUAUGACAGCGUGGCGUCCGACGAGGAUGCGGAUCUGGAAGCCACAGCCGGCAAAGCCAGUCGACAGAAGAGCCUAGAUUCAGACUUGUCAGACGGGGCAGUCACUGUGCAGGAGCUCAUGGAGGUCAAAAACGCCCUUGUGGCUUCUGAGGCCAAGAUACAGCAGCUAAUGAAGGUGAAUGACAACUUGAGUGACGAGCUGAGAACCAUGCAGAAAAAGCUUCAGACACUCCAGAGUGAAAAUUCGAACCUCAGGAAACAGUCCACAGCCAGUGUUUAUCAGGUACAGACCGCUUCUGAGUACCCAGACACUUGCAAGCACUCUUCCCUUAAGCGGCGUCCAUCUGCGCGAGGCAGUCGGCCCAUGUCCAUGUACGAGACGGGGUCCGGCCACAAGCCCUACCUUCCCCUGGGGGACGCGGAGCGGCCGGAGGAGAGCAGGACGAGGCUCCCGCCGUUCCCCGCACAUAUCGGGAGGAGUGCGUUUGUGACCUCCUCCUCAUCUCUGCCUUCCUUCCCCUCCACACUCUCCUGGUCCAGGGACGAGAGCACCCGAAGGGCAUCCAGGCUGGAGAAGCAGAACAGCACCCCCGAGAGUGACUAUGACAACACCCCCAAUGACAGGGACGCAGAUGACACAGGGCCGGGCAAGAAGGGCAGGCAGAGCAGCACGGCGUGGCAAGGCGACGGCUCGGUGCCAGACACGGCGGAGCCCCACAUGGCCCCCAGCCCCGUCCUCCCCAGCACCGAGGACGUCAUCCGGAAAACCGAGCAGAUCACCAAAAACAUACAAGAGCUCUUGAGAGCGGCCCAGGAGAACAAGCACGACAGUUACAGCCCCUGUUCAGAGCGGAUCCACGACGCUGUUACAGAGAUGGCCGCGUUAUUCCCCAAAAAACCCAAGUCUGACACGGCGAGGACCUCCCUCCGCCUCCUGACGUCCAGCGCCUACCGACUCCAGUCAGAGUGCAAGAAGACCCUCCCGGGGGACCUGGGCCCCCCCGCGGACAUCCAGCUGGUCACGCAGCAGGUCAUCCAGUGUGCCUAUGACAUCGCCAAGGCCGCCAAGCAGCUGGUCACCAUCACCACCAAAGAGAACAGCAGCUGAGCGGCGAGUGCCGGCCCCGUGUCUCUGGGCUUUGUCGAGUCCAGUUGCAGGUGUAGGUGCGGGACUCCUGCGGUUUUUACAGGAACACUUAACAAAAGCUGGAACAUUUUUUUCUUAAAAAAAAAAAAAAAAGAGAGAAAGAAAAUUCAGUAUUAUUUUUGCAUGUUUUCUAACAACUAUUCAACUGUUAAUUUAACCCACUUGCCUUAUUUUGUGCCCGUUUGGCUGGUUUGCUUUCCCAUUCCCAUGGGCACCGUCAGCGACUGCUGAGUUCACCGCCAUAGACGGCCUGAAGCUCAGCUUCACUGUUCAAGGUCGGCGAGAACUUUCUCCGUCCUUCAAGAUGGCUCAGUCUGUGGUCUCAACCAUAAACGAGCUUGUAAACAUUGGGUUAGAAAAAGAAAAAGAAAAAAAAAAAAUCAAAAACCUCUUGAUGUGUCCGCAAGCCGGCACUGUGCGGUCAGCGGGUCCCCUCAGAAGGGAACAGCGAGGGCCCCGCUUCUUUACACUGCUCUGUCACCUGUCGUGUCGCUCUGAUUUCUGUCCCUUGCUCCUCCGUCUCUGUCCCUCUCUCUCUCCGGCUCUCAGCCUGAAGUCCCUGUGCCUGUCCCUCCUCCCGUGUCCGGUUGGGAGCACACCCAAAGUGGCCCGCCCAGGCCGGACGUCCCGUUCUAGAAGCACAACCCAGAGGAAUGUCCGCCCCAGAAGCCAAAAGCAGCCCCAUGCCACCCAUUCAGAUUCAGAUGUCACUGCCACUCAACUAGGAGGGAAAGUCCGCCCCUGCCAUUGCCCUGGCUCCCUCGGCCGCUCACAGCCCACUUCACACGACUCCUCGUCUCUGAGGACUUGGUCGAAGGUAAGAGUCACACAGUCACCUGAGCUAGUGUCUCCUCUGUCGCCUUGCUGGCGCUUACGCGACUUUGGGGGAGGACAGAGUGACGAGUCGCCUCAAGUCACCGGCUCAUGUGAGUCAGGUGAAGCGGCAACUUCACUUGAGCCUCGAGGAAGUCAAGGAUUCCGGGCACUCGGGAGGCCUUUGAAGUCACAGGGACACCAGAGAGGAGUGUGCCCCCACCCCCAGCCCCAUGCCCAGACUCCACAGAGGCCCCAGGUGGGGUGCCCUCCAGAUGUGCCGGGUCACCUCCGCAGCCUCCCCUUCCGGCUCCUCGGGGCCCUGUGGGGCAGCUCUGGACGUCCACCUUCCGUGAGCCUCCAUCUCACCCCAUCUCCCCAAGUCCCCGUCCCCAGAGCCGAGAGGACAGAGGUGCGCUCUGUGAGCCGGGCACUCGCUGAAGAGAGGGCACAGUCGCUCGCAGCCCCCAGCUCCAGCAGGACGCAGACAGUUCUCGUGUGCCAAAGAAGGGCGGGCCGGUCCCAGCCCAGAGCUCAGCCACGGUGGCCCCAGCUCCGGGGAGUCGCCGCUCCAGGAACACUCACCCACCACCCUUGUUUCUCCGACGAGAAUACUGCACAGGAAAAAGAAAAUGCCUUCUGCUCAGACGUGUCAUCCACGUCGCCCGGACUCUGCCCCGUCUGACUCGCCCUGUCUGUCCUUCCUCCCCCUUGUAAUUAUGGGACAGCCUCCGAAAGCGUCGAGAAAUCGUUUUCUGCACCGUGUACCUGCCAGUUACGCAAUAAAGAGGCUCUUAGGAA